UGCGCGAACUAAUAUAAUUAAAAAUGUUUUUUAAUUUUUCGUUAGUUAAAAACUAAAAAUGUGAAAUAAAAAUUUAAAACAGUUUUAUAAUUUCACAUAUAAAUAUAUUUUCUAUAUUUGAAAGUAGAAUUAUAUUUUGUAUUUUGUUUUAUGACAAUUGUUAUCAAGUGUCAUUUUUACAGUUCAUUAUUAAGAGAAUAAUCGUUUUUAAAAAUGUUUUUUAAAAAAAUGCUAUUUUACUGUUAUUAGUAGAAAAACGAUAAAAUUUAUUAGGGAACCAUUUUUUAAAAUAUUAAUUUAAUUAUAAAAGUGUUUUUUUAAUUUAACAACACGUGUGUGUCUAAUGGUAAUGAAAAUUUCAUGAGUUCCUUUUUACAAUGUUGAACGUGGCUGGAAAUUUAGUGAAAAUCGGCACAAAACGUUGGAAUAUGUUUGAUAGAGAAUGUCGAAUUCAAAGUAUAAUACAAAGAAUUAGAAUCCUGACAAUAUCUUGUCUACAAUGUCAAUAUUAUCAUACAACUUCAAUUUAUUUCAAACAUCAAAAAGCUUCGGAAUUAAAGAAAACUAAGAGGGUAAAUAUUCAAAUGAUCGCAACACCUAAGAAACAAUUUAAUAAAGUUCAAGUAUGGAAAGGUAUUACAGUAAAUGAAUUAGCAAUUAAUUGUAAUAGAAAUGAGGAACAAAUUUUUGAAGUUUUGUCAUUAAUUGGAGUAAAGGGAAAUUUUGAAUCAAACACAUCUAUUGUUUCUGUUAGUGUAAUUAAGGAUGUGGUGGAAAAAAUGGGAUUUAGAAUUCAAAUGAAAUCAAAAUAUGAAAAAAAAGAAGAUUCAAAAUUAGAAAAAGAGAUGGAAUUAACAAAAAGGCCUCCUAUUGAUCCUUUAGUAUUAAUUACUCGACAUCCAGUAGUAACAAUAAUGGGUCAUGUGGAUCAUGGAAAAACAACAUUAUUGGAUUCUUUAAGAAACACAUCAGUCGUGGAAACUGAAUUUGGAGGCAUAACACAACACAUUGGCGCUUUUAAUGUUACCUUAAAUAGUGGUGAUAAAAUCACUUUUUUGGAUACUCCUGGACAUGCGGCAUUUAAAAUAAUGCGUGAAAGAGGUGCAAACGUUACGGACAUUGUUGUUCUUGUCGUUGCUGCCGAUGAUGGAGUAAUGGAACAAACACUUCAGAGUAUAACAAUGAUUAAAAAUGCAAAUGUUCCGUUAAUUGUGGCUAUUAAUAAAAUAGACAAACCAUCUGCUGAUAUAGAAAGAACGAAACGAAUGUUGACGCAGCAUGGAAUAUUAGUUGAAGAUCUUGGUGGUGAUGUACAAAGUGUAAAUAUAUCAGCAUUAAUGAAAACAAAUUUAGAUGCAUUAAAAGAUGCAAUUAUUACACAAGCGGAUUUAUUGAAUCUUAAAGGAGAUCCAAAAGGUCCAGUGGAAGGUGUUAUAAUUGAAUCAACCACACAUCCUGGAAAAGGGAAAGUUGCCACUUCUCUAAUUCAACGAGGGACUCUAAAACGAGGAACUAUUAUUGUCAGCGGAUUAACUAUGGGAAAAGUGAGAGCCAUGUAUGAUCACGAGGGCAAUCAAUUGAAGACAGUUUCAUUAUCCGACGCUGUACAAAUAACUGGUUGGAAGGAUUUACCAAUGGCUGGAGAUGUGAUGUUUGCUGUUGAAAAUGAACAUAAAGCACAUGAGAUUAUUCGUAUUAGAGAAGCAAUUAAAAUGGAUAAUUUGGCUGUUGAACAUCGUCAAGAAUCUGACAAAAGACUUGAGGAACAUCUCAUUGGUUACAGAGAAGAUUUAAAGAAAAGAAGAGAAUUUGGAUCUCCUAAAAAACGUACACAAAAAUUGUUUUUAUCGACAAAAAAAAUUGAAGACGAUCAUGUGAAAUUAAAUAUUAUUAUUAAAGGUGAUGUGGUUGGUUCUGUGGAAGCUAUUUUAGAUGUUCUUGUCACAUAUAGAAAUCAUGAUAAAUGUGCAUUGUCAAUUAUUCAGCAUGAAGUUGGUCCUGUCACAGAAUCAGAUAUUGAAAUGGCGAAAAUUUUCAACGCUAUUAUCUACUGUUUCAAUACGGAUAUUCCAAAAAAUUUGACUGAAUUAAUUAAAAAUGGAAAAGUUCAAGUUAAAACACAUAAUGUCAUUUAUAAACUUGUCGACGAUUUAAAGGACGAAAUUAGCAAAAAAUUGCCUUUAAUCGAAAUUGAAGAUUCUAUCGGUGAGGCAAUUGUUUUAAAAGAAUUUGAAAUCAAUGAUAAAAAAAAAACGGUCAAAGUUGCCGGAUGUAGAUGUACACAAGGUACUUUGAAAAAAUCCAGUUUGUACAAAGUUGUUCGCGACGAUGAUGUAAUAAGCAGAUGUAAAAUAGUUUCAAUGAGACAUUUGAAAUCAGAGGUUGAUUCUAUAAAAAAGGACAUGGAAUGUGGUCUUCUUUUUGACGAUUCAACAAUUACCUUUCAACCUAAUGAUUUAAUUGUUUCCUAUAAAAUACGACAUGAACUACAACAUACCAAUUGGAAUCCUGGAUUUUAAAUGUCAAUGCAGUAAAAUAAUAAUUAAUUCAAUUUAAAAACUAAUAUAAUUUAGGAGAAUGAAAUGUGCGAAAUAAAAACAAAAAUUUUAUUGCGUUAA